ACAAGCUUUGCUCACUAUUAUGUCGAUAUGUGAUUUCAUCCUUACUUCUUUUCCUCUCUUUAAUUUCUUAGCUACCACUUGGUAAAGAAAACCACACUAGAAACAAAGAAAUGGCUAGAGGAUUAGGCAUUUUUCUAUGUCUUUUGAUUGUUAUCAUGGAUGCCACAGCUGGGAUUCUUGGCAUAGAGGCUGAAAUUGCUCAAAACAAGGUUAAACACUUGAGAUUGUGGAUAUUUGAGUGUAGAGAUCCAAGCCAUAAGGCCUUCAUGCUUGGUUUAGGGGCAACAGUACUUUUGGCUUUAGCCCAUGUUAUAGCCAAUUUGCUAGGUGGCUGCAAUUGUCUUUGUUCUCAAGAGCUUCAAAAGUCUUCACCCAAUAGACAACUCUCAAUGGCUUGCCUCAUUUUAACAUGGAUUGUUUUGGCUGUUGGAUUGAGCAUGUUAGUGAUAGGGACUACAUCAAACAACAAAUCAAGGGGUUCUUGUGGUUUCACACACCAUCACUUUCUAUCCAUUGGUGGGAUUUUGUGUUUUGUUCAUGGCCUAUUUUCUGUUGCUUAUUACGUUUCUGCCACUGCCUCUUAAUUAGGGACUAAGGAAACACCUGGAGUGGAGGCCACUUCUGCUCUUGCUUUUGUGCUUUAGAGGUUUUAACUUUACCAAGUUUGUUGCUUUUACUAAUAUGUCCAAGACAUUUACACUACUUGUACUAUACGGGGGGUAUAAAAGGAAAAGAAAACCCCACCAUUUUUAAGUUCCCCAUUUUUAAAUGAUCACCAAAUUAUCAUAUCCACUAAUCCACUGACAUGUGUAGUGUAUGAUUACCACAAUUAUAAUUUAGGUUCUAUAUUUCCUCCUAUUUUCCAAAGGCAUUGGCCAAUGAAAGAUUGUAAUGGUAAUGCUGAAAUAGGCUACAUGGUGCUAAAUAUAUCUUUCUACUUUUUUUAAAACCUUAUUUUCUUUUUGUUUUUAU